GGUACGUUCACUACGAAAACGUUAAAGCUCAAGGAAGGUGUUAAAAUAAGAGAAAUGUCGGCUAAGAACAGGAAGGAGAAAAAAGACCAGGCUGAAACAUUCUCGAAAAAAGUGGAACGUUUUACUAAAACAGAGAUCGAGUGUCUGAUCAAGCGCUUCAACGCUCUUCUGGCCAAGCAGGUCAGCCCAUCUGGAGCAGCACAUGGUCUGGAUAGAGAGACCUUCAGAGGAAUAAUGCAGACCACCUUUGGGAUAAACAAACCCCUAAUGUUGGACGGAGUUUUCAGGAACUUUGAUGAAGAUCGUGAUGGGAUCGUUAGUGUGGAGGAAUGGAUCAGAGGGCUGUCUGUUCUUCUUCGUGGGACGCUCGAUGAGAAAAUAAAAUACUGUUAUGAAGUGUAUGACCUGGAUGGUGACAAAUUCAUCACCAAAGAAGAGAUUUUUAAUAUGCUGGAUGGGUGCUUCAUCAAGCGGCCCAAUGAGAAGGAUCCGAAAGAAAGGGUUAGAGAUUUGGUUGAGACCUCAAUGAAGAUGAUGGACCACGAUUGUGAUGGCAAGCUGUCAUAUAAGGACUUUCAAAAAUCAGUGCGUAAGGAGAAACUCCUCCUAGAGGCAUUUGGAAAAUGCCUCCCUGAUCCCAUGAGUAUUGAGAAGUUUGAGCGGCUUGUAUUUCAAGAACAACAGGGUCAAUGAAACUACCCACAUUCGUGUACACUUUCAACUCUGUUUUUAUUUUAUUAUGAUCUAAUGUACUUUGACUUACAAUGU